AUGGCUAAAAGAAAAGCGGCCGUCAAUGAUAUAAUAUUUGAAUUAGACAACGAUGACAUAGUUAUAAGCAGCGAUGAAGAAAGUAAGGUAUCUAAAAUGGGACGUUUUGAUGGGGAAAACACUCAAAACCUCGUAAAGAAGAAGCUGAACACAGAAGAAAUAAUUUCUGAUGUUAUUAGUUUAGACAGUCCCCAUGAACCUGAACGAAAUAUUCCAUCAACAAACAAAACUGAGAAUGGAGGGAAAAACAAAACCGAGGUAACCUCCAAACAAAACAAUUCAAAACAAAAUGACAUAUCUCAGAAUAAUGAAGUGAUUGAUAUUACUGACGAAAACAGGAAAAGCUGUACUAGUACGAUAAUAUUAAAUGAAGACAUAGUCAUUGAUUCACCAGCAUCAAAUAUAGACCUUGGUGUUGUAGGAUGCGAGAACAGAGCUCCAUUGGUAUCAAUACGAUUUAAUGACAGUCGUACAGCACGUAACUAUAAGAAAGUAAUUAAGGAAUUUAUUGUUAAUCUUUUAAAAUCAAAAAAUGUUAGUGACACUGACUCUGAAACUGAUAAUGACCUUGAAAUAUGGCCAGAAGACAUAGCUGAAGAAGAAUUUAAAUUAAAAGAAAGUUCUGUUGAAGAUAAUCUCUUCUUUGUCGAUACCACACCUUGUAAAUAUGGAAACAAAGAUAUACCGAUAUACAAAGCUACUAAAAUAAUUUCAAAUGACACGGAAAAAGAAACUACAUCACAACCCAUCAAACGAGUUUUCUCCUGUUUCAACUGUGGGGAUUCACAUCUUCUAAGAGACUGUCCUUUGCCAAGAAAUAAUUCUAAGAUAAAUGAAAAACGAAAAGCUUUUACUCCCAAAGGUCGAUAUCAUGUUGAAAACGAGCAAAAGUAUGGUCACUUGAUACCGGGGCGUAUAUCAGCAGAUUUGCGUCAUGCUCUGGGCUUGAAGCGUUAUGAGUUACCGCUGCAUAUAUACCGCAUGAGAUUACUCGGUUACCCUCCUGGCUGGCUAGAGGAUGCUAGGAUAUCACAUUCAGGAAUUACUUUGUUUGAUUCAACUGGCAGAGCCACACUAGGUCCGGACGAUGAAGAAGGGGAAUUGUAUGAGCCGGGGUCAAAGGAUAAAUUUGAUAUAAAAAAGAUAUUAGACUUCCCGGGUUUUAAUGUCGCUGCGAGUUCAAGAUAUAUUGAGGAAGCUCAUUUGUUUGGUCUCCCUCCUAUGUCAGAGCAGGACAGCAAGAUAGCUAUGUUAAAAAUACUGGCUCCAAAUGCUAUGAAGGCGUAUAAACGGAAGAAGUUAUCAUUCUUCCCAUCAGCUCUGAGAAACAAUUCACAAGACGACCAGGUUGAAAUGGAACUAGAUAGUGGCGAUGAAGUUGCAGACUUUCCUUUAAUACCACCUCUGCCGGAUGACGAACCUCCACCGCUGCCGCCGCCUCCUCCUCCACAAGAUACCACACAAGAAGAUCAGCCCAAAGAAACCAUAGAAACAUCCAAAGAAAUUGAAUCAAAUAAAAACCAAGAUAACAUUGAGAAAACUUCAGAAACAGAUAUAGACAAAAAAGAGUUGGCUACAACAAAUAACCAGUCUAAUGACAAUGAAGUGAUUGAGGUAGUAAGAGUGAAUGAUAUUCCAAUACCAGAAGACGAUUUGAUUGUCAUUGAUGAUGACGAUAAAUCAUCACUCAGCAGUGACAGAAAUAGUCCAAGUCUGGCUGACUUAGAGAAACGGAAGCAAAAGCUCUUGGACGCUCUCAAAGGAGAUUCAAUCUCUAUGACAGAGGUUUCAGUAGAAAGUAUAGACACAUGUGAUACGACCGAGGAAAAAAAUAAUGAAUCUAACAAGUGUGAAGGUGAUAAUAUCACAGUUUCCACAGAAGACAGUAGUUGUGAUGCAGUUCAGAAUAAACCGCUUAAUGAAGAAAGUGCAAAAGACUCGGACAAAGUAGCGUCGACUAUGAAGACGGGUCAGAUAAAAAACACACAUUAUGGCACACCAGUGAUAAACGUCGCGUCGCCGUAUCAAAAACUACCUAGUGACGUUAACUUCGCUAAGGACAUAUGUGACGUCAUAAACUUCGAGAAUCUUCCAAAUUCGGUUGGCAAAUACAAAAAAAUAUGCACGUUGCUCAAGAAAGUCAAAUCUGAAGUGGAUAGGAUACAGGAAUCAUGA